AUGUCACACACUAACAAGAUCGCGUACGUGCUGAAUAAUGACACUGAGGAAAGCAGCUCGUCCUCUUCCGUCGGCUGUUUUGACAAGAAACAGCUCACGAAGCUGCUAAUACAUUCUUUAAAAGAGCUGGGCUACGAUUCGACCGCUGAGCAGUUGCUCCUAGAGAGCGGCGGAUACCAGAACGAGCCUAACCACAUACAGACCUUCUUCAAACUCAUUAAGACCGGCCAAUUCCAUCUGGUCGAUUGGCACAUUGUUUGUUCACUGCCCCUUGCACAUAGCUCUUCGCUAAGGCCCGAGUGGGUUCAAACACUGCUCAUGCCCACACCGACGUCCGCUACCACUUCGCUUUUUGAUCACAUGCUCUUGCAAUUGCAGUAUCUGCAACAGCUUAUGGGCUCCGUGGAUUCGUCGACUUGCUCAAACGCGGAGAUCGCCACGCUUAGAAACUACGUAGAGAUCAUGAUCCUCGUGAAUAGACAGAUAUUCCUCGAAUUUUUCCAUCCAAAAUCAACAGUUGUCUCUUCCCUCACGGGCCCUCCUGCCGCGCUCCCAGUCCUGUACCUACGCAAAAUCCUUAAAAACUUCAUCGAGAUAUGGGAUUCCCUGUUGGUGUCUAAUGAUCAAUUUCUCAAUGAGGAGAAUAUUUUCAAUCCGGAAACUACUUUGAGAGAACUGUCCACAUGCUUGACUAAUCCAAAACUCACCGCGCAGUUGAACCUCGAGCGAGACCAACUGAUCGACGCCAUCUCCAAGUACAUCGAUCCGAACGAACUCGUUCCGAAGGGCCGUCUCUUGCAUCUCUUGAAACAGGCCAUCAAAUACCAGCAGUCGCAGGACAUUUUCAACAUCAUCGAUCCAGACGACGACGCCUCCUUCUCUCCUUCGUCCCGUCGCAUCAACCUGUUGCAAGAUAACUUCUCACACGACCUGACGGUGACCUUCGAGGAAUGGAAGACCAUCCAGGACACCACAGACGAGAUUUGGUUCUUAACAUUCUCUCCCAAUGGCAAAUAUUUGGCUUCUGCGACCUCCGAGUCCUCGAGAGGCUACUUCAUUACUGUUUAUGACGUGGAACAAGACUUUAAAAUACACAAGACCUGUGUGAGUUUGUCGCAAUCUGUACUAUAUCUCAUGUUCUCUCCCAAUAGCCAGUACCUGGUCGCCUGCCCUUUCAGCGAAGACGUUACUAUUUACGACAUGAAUGCCACCUCCCCGCCGGACGCAUCUGCCACGGACUCGUUCUUACCAUAUGCUUCCACCAGGCUCUCGCCUAUGGACUCAUUCAAACUGGACACCACUCCAUAUUUAGAGGACACAGAAUCGUCAGCGUCGUCUUCCUCAAGACCGGCUAAUACGAGUUCUAACCAAUCGAGGGUAUGGUGCUGUGAUGCCUUCCACACCGCGCAGCAUACAGACUGGAUGGUGGUUGGAUCGCCUGACAGAGAAGCUAUUGUUCACUCCCUCACCACAAAGGAGUCACUUUUCAGCCUAAAAGGAAGGACCUGUAUCGCUCUGGGCCACGAUGAAAACAUCUCUGGACGAAAAUUAAUAGACCCAGCAAAAGUGCUGUAUUCACCUAGGACAAACGGCGAUGGAAAUUGGCAAUAUGUAGAAGAUGAUGAAACUUUCCCACGAGUGCACGAUGUGAAAAUCAGCUCUGACGACAAAUACGUGCUUCUGAUGACUCACCAAGGUGUUAUAGAUGUCUAUGACUUCAGUGGGUUCCCAUCCAAGGAAGAGCUGUCUAAGCAAACAAUCGAUCUAAAAAACUUCCUAAUUCCAAGAGUUGCAAGGCUAGACGUUGGCAAAAACAUGACUUGUAUUUCACUACCGCUAAGUAGUGCGCAUCAAGGCAGCAACAAGCAACAAACAUCCGAAUCUCAACAUUUGGUAUUAGUUAGUUUGCAAGAUAACGAACUGCAAAUGUGGGACUAUAAGGAAAAUAUUCUCAUACAAAAGUAUUUCGGCCAAAAGCAACAGCAUUUCAUCAUCAGAUCUUGUUUCGCCUACGGUAAUAAGCUUGUCAUGAGCGGAUCAGAAGAUGGUAAAAUUUACAUUUGGGAUAGAAUUAGAGGUAACCUAAUUUCUGUUUUAUCCGGUCAUUCCACAAUAAUGAGUACCUCUACGAAACCCAUGGGAAAAAAUUGUAACGUAGUAGCAUCAAACCCUGUAGAUAAAGAAAUGUUUGUUUCUGGUGGUGAUGACGGCAAGAUAAAAAUCUGGAAAAUUUCAAGAAAUUAA